UUUCAAUUCGGUUGGAAUGGAAAAUCAAAGCAUGCUCUUUUAAUUAACCCAUUUUGACGUAUACUUGGUGGUCAUGGAUAAAAGUUUAAAGCUUUUGAUUCAUCACGUAAAUUCAAGUAUAGUUUUUCAAUUUUAUAUUCUUACCUUAUCUAAGGAUUAUGUUAUUGUAGUGCGCCGGAUUCAAGAGAUUGCGGAAGCGAACUUUCAUCUUAUGAACAAUGCUUCAUUCAAAUGAAUUCAGUUUGUUCAUCCUAAUCUAUAUUUUGAUCUUCAUUGUUAGCAGCUCAAUCUUCAGUCAUGGAAAAAUGCUAGACGGCGGCUUUUUGAACGUCGGGGAUGAGCUAAAGGCGGAAACUCUACCGCUUAAAAUGGGUUCUCGAGCCUAUAAACUUCAAGGGCUAAAAUCAUUAACUUGGUACGAAGUGAAGAUCUCGUAUCCAGCUUCUAUUCCGGCUAGUUUUUCUUUGCAAUUGAAGAAAGGCGAUUCGGAUUCUGGGUUAAUCAGGAACAGAAGAUUGUUGAAUACAGAGAAGUUGAUAUUCAAGACUGAUGAUCUGGACACCAUUAAUGACCAGAGUGGACUGUACGUUUUGGUGACUGUGGAGCCUGAGGGGUUUGUUGCGAUACCCAACUCGAAGGAAAGAGAGUUCAUCAUCUUCAAUAUAGUUUGUGAUGAACUGUUGUUGGGCAUCCCUUACCAAGCUUGGUGGGUCGUAGUCUUUGUCGUCUUGUGUUUGGUAUUGGCAUUGAUUAUUCCUAGAUAUCUUCCAUCGUACCUGCUUUGUGAUCGGAAUGUCGCCAAGCAAUCUUGAGACAUUGUCGUUUAAGAUAAUGAUUGUACCAUCGUCACCAUUUUCUCACAGUGCAAGCAUUUGUUAAUUGCCAUGUAAGGGGAGGCGUUUCUGUUACCAA